GGGGUAUAGGUAGUGCUAUGAGAUGGUAUCGAAGGCGAUGUUUAUUGACGGUAUCAGGACGCCGUUCCAACUCCCCCACACCGGUUACGCCAACAUGACAGGCGCCGCCCUCCUCUCAGCCGCCAUACGCCGCCUUCUCUCCCGAGUUAAAAUAGACAAACUCGAAAUCAACCACAUGGUAGUUGGCAAUGUUUUCCACGAAAUAAAGAGCCCUAACAUUGGGGCAGUAUCCGCUGUGGCGUCAGGUAUUAAUGUGCCUUCUCAUUCUCUAUCCAUGGCGUGCAUUAGUGGGCAGGCUGCUCUGGCGAAGGGUAUCGAGAUGAUAAACUCAGAUUACGCUGAGGUAGUGUUAGUUGGCGGUGUUGAGUACCUCUCUGAUUUACCUGUGUUAGUCAACGAAAAGGUACGGAAGACUUUCAUAAAAUGUAAGAACCCAGACUUGACCCGAAGACAGAAACUAGCUCUCCUCUCCAAAAUCAGACCCCGUGACGCGGCCCCAGACUUCCUCAAAGUGGUCGAGUUCCAAACAAAAGAAACUUUCGUGCACAACGGCGACAAGAUAGCUGCCCGGUUCGGUAUCAGCAGGUGGGACCAGGACGAGUACGGCUACAGAUCUCACCGCCUCUCUAAGAAAGCUGCAGUAGAGGAGAAGUUCCCCUUUAUUUGUGCCGUACAACAUUCUAAAACUAACGAAACUGUCAGUACAGACGGUACGCUGAGACGUUGGACUCGAGAGAAAAUGAGCAAGAGACGGCCCGUACUGCGCGGCGGCUCUGUUACCAUCGCUACUGCUAAUCAACCCUGUGAUGGGGCUGCUGUCUGCCUCCUCGCUUCAGAGCGCGCGGCUCAGCGCCUUAAUAUGUCCCCACGUGCGGAACUUUCUCCUGUGUUGUUCGCAGCUUGCUCCCCAAAAACAGACUUACUCAUGGGUACCACUCACUCUCUUGCCAGACUCAAGUUAGAAAAAGGAGUAGACCUCGAGAAAGCUGAUGUUUUAGAAUUCUAUGAAGGGUUCGGAGGUGAAGUUUUAUCCCAACUCUCAGCUCUUUCAAGCACUAAGUACGCUCAAGACGUGUUCAGUCAGGACACAUGUAUAGCAGAUCUUGAUAUUGAUAAACUGAACCUGUGGGGUGGUACGAUAGGACUAGGUCACCCGUUCGGAGCUACUGGUAUCAGGUUGUUGUUGCACACUGUGGGGAGGCUGGAGGAAGAGGAUGGGGAAUUGGGGGUGGUGGCAGGGUGUGCUGGGGGCGGUCAGGGAGCCGCAUUUACUGUUACCAGGAUCAGACUGGGUGGAUAAGAGUCUCUCUUGCUCGACAGUUGUGGAGCAAGAGGCCCUGAUGUGGCCCUUUUAUGUGAGCAGUGUGCCACAGGAGAACCAUGAUGAUAACUGAUUGAUCGUCACCAAACGUUACCACGUGAUUGGGUUAUUUGUACAUAAAAUGAUUUUGAAGUAUUCGUAAACUGAAUGUAAAUAUGAGUGUUGACUUUGUUAUGAAGUGGAUUCUGAUGCAGUUCUUUUACCUUUACCUUUGCUUUGUCCUUUAUACAUGAGUAAUUUGUGGGGUAGCUUGUUGUUUUGAUUUUGAUACUUUAUGAGUAACUUAUCCUUUAUUAUUACAUUAUGUAGGAUCAGUAGUAGUAUCGCUUAUUCUGUGUCAUAUUUUUCUAGAGUUUAGACUACUAGACUAUAGGAAAAUUGCAUUAUUACCAAAGCGAAUGAUUAAACAGAGAUUUAAACGGAGGUUUGUGUCAAUAAAUGACGGCUGUUCAAAUUUGGUUGAUUGGUUGAAUAAGGAUUUACAGGCUUUCCAUACUAAAUAACCCAUUUAUCUAACGAAAAGAUUAUGAUAUGGUAAUGGUCCCAGUUUUAUUACAAUGUAAUGUGAGAUGUUAACUAUUUCUGUUCAAAGAAAGUCAUGAUUAAGACCAUGGCUAAGAUAUGGUAUGUUUUUGAGGCUUAAUGGCCAAUGGUACCGUGGUGCCACUUUGCAUUCUGGUCGCGAAUUAUAGGAGUUUGUUAUUCGUGGCCUCUCUUAAACAAUUUUUAAUGUGUUAACUUGAGGAAUUAAACUUUAAGGUUUUUAUUUUCAUCUCAAAACUUGUAUCUCUGCUUUUAUUCUACUUACAGUAGCAAAUUAAACGAAUUUGGAUAAUGG